GCCCUAUAAAUACAUCAAAUGAACUCACAAAUUUCCACCAACACAUUAGAUUGAUCCAACUCAAAAAAAUUCCAUAGAAGAAGAAAUGGUUAUCCAAAGUGAAAUCCUUGCUGGGAGUGCCCACAAGAAAAUGAGCUUCAGAGAACAAGAGGAAGUAGAAGUGUCUUACAACUACAAUGAAGACUCUUCAUCCAUGCAAAUGGUGAGGCCUGCUGCUAACCCAUGCUGCAUCUCCGCCCCUCCUGUCCCUGAAAAACACCACGGCGGCCUCCACCACCUUUUCGGUAGAAAACACCAUGAAAGCCACCACCUUGGCCGCCAUGGUAACGGCGGCGGCCGUGUAAAUGAGGUUGUGCAGCUGCAAGAAGAGAAAGUGGAGGUGUCUUCUAGUGAGAAGAAGUUGGUGAGUGAAAGGCAUGGCGGCGGAUAUGUAAGUGAUGAGACUCACUUUGUGAUGGAAUCUGAGUUCAAGGGUUUGGAAGAUUGAAGAUCCUAAGCUUUAAUUGAUGCACGACCGACCCUUUCUGCAUGCAUGUAUUAUAUAAAUAAUUUAAAUGUGUGGUAAAAUAAGGGGGGCAUGAUAGUAUUUUUAUGAUAUAUAUGAUGUGAAAUAAGUAUCAGAAGUUACAUAUAUGAAAGUGUUUGGUUAUUUACUUAAUUGCUUCAUGAUUAUCUUUAAUGUACGUGUGGUAAAUUCCUUCUUUUCUUAUUUAUAUAUGCCAUUCUUAAUAAAAGAAAAGUUACUUGAAUUGCAUAUAGCUAGCCACA